AUGAAACCAUACGCUGCCACCAUAACUGUUCAUGUCGUUCUCCACCUUUCAUCCAAGCAGAGUAGAACCAUAUACUGCAGGAUCAACCUAAGUGUUCCCGUCCUGGACCGUUUCUACAACCAGGAGGACACGAGGCCCGAUUUUCGGCUAAGCAGGGAGUCCUUGGCAGUGUUGCUAAAUCUCCUGGACCAGGAUCGGCGCCAUGGUUGGGGUGCCACAAUUGAGAUCCUGGUAUUCACAUUCUGGUUGCCAAGUGGAGCAUCCUACAGGCUGGUGUCAAGAGUGUUUGUGAUGCCUCGUUCCACUGUCCACACCAUUGUCCACCGUGUCACUGAAGAAGUGGUGGCCAUUCGCCACCAGGUCAUCCACCUCCCAAAGACACCAGAGGACCUGGAGGCAGUGUCCCGUGGGUUUGCAGGGCUGGCACGUCACAGAGCCUUCCUGAAAGCGGUGGGUGCAAUCGACGGCUGCCACAUCCACAUCAAGUGUCCAAGCGGCCCUGAUGCGGCCCUGAUGGCAGUCUGUGACCAUCAGGGCUGCUUCAUCGACACCUACGUGGGCUGGCCUGGUUCGGUGCACGAUGCCAGGGUGCUCCGCCACAGCCCACUGUACAGACAGUUGGUCUACCCUCCUCCAGGACAUUUCAUCCUCGCAGAUGGGGGGUACCCAUGCCUCCAACGUCCACUCCCCCUCAUCACACCCUACAAGAGGCCAGUCCGAGGUGUAGGAGCCCAGCGCUUCAACAGCCACCAUUCCAGGGCACGCUCCAUCAUAGAGCGUGCGUUAGGAAUGAUGAAAACGAGGUUCAGGGCCAUCUUCCUGCAAGCGCUGGAGGUGCACCACACCUUUUUACCCCACGUUGUGACAGCCUGUGCCGUCCUCCACAACAUCUGCCUCAGUGCCGGUGACAUCGUGGCCCCAGUGGAUGAGCCUGAGGACGAUGGUGCAGAGGAUGGGAGGGGAGGCUGGGUUGGAGGCAGUCAGUGGUGCUCUUUGGCGGGACCAACUGUCAUCUGA